CAGCGGUGUCGAGCCAUUUUCCCCGCUCUUUCACUUCUAUUGUCGCAGUAGUUGCUUUGUGCUCUCAUCCUUCUGUAUACUCUCGAACAGUAUCACAUAACCCGUCGGCGCCGCUGUUCAACCCGAGCUCUCGCCCUUACCACCCCGAGCUUCACGCUCACACAGUCCAUCCGUUCGAGCUACGCCGCACAGUGCAUGUGGACGAAUCCCAGACUUGAUUCCUCGGGACGCUGAUAUUGAGGAGCUCAUUCAUGGCGUGGCAGACGCCUUCAGCCAUGAAUGCCGGCGGUGCAGGAGAUGGCUCUGUACCUACGGGAACGGAAUAUACAUUGCAGGGGGUUAUGCGCUUUCUUCAGUUAGAGUGGCACAGCCAUGAACGCGCGCGGAAUGCCUGGGAUAUAGAGCGUGCAGAGAUGAAAGCGAAGAUCGCAAAACAGGAGGGCGAGGUUCGGAGUGCGAAGAAGUUGAACGAGCAGCUGAACAAGCAAAUCCGCAUGUUGGAACAUGCUCUGAAGAAUGAACGCGCAAAGAACAAGGCUGCAACAUCUGGUGAAGACGUUCGACAGCCGGAAGGAACGAAGGAUUCGGCCCAACGACCGGGUCGCGACUCGAAUGACGUCGAUGUCGAACCCUUCGAGCAGUUUACCGAUCCCGAAGGGCUACGUGAAAAGUCCAAGCUAUACCUCACCAAGUGUGUGGAGGAGAUAACAUACCUCCUAACGCCCCCAGCCCAGCCCCCAUCUUCCCAUGCAGCUCUGCACGGUAUGAACGGAUCCGGUUUCCACAAUGAUGUACCCUUGGAGGAGAUGUAUCUUCAACAGCGGCAGAAGAUGCAGACACAUCUGCCCACUGCCCCUAACACUGCCAUGUCCAAUCAUCAGCAACCAAACAUUCAUAACGCCGCUGACUCCCACGCCAACCUCCCAUCCCAAGUAGCCCACCAAGCGCCUCCGAUGCAGAGGAAACCGACAGGUCAACGGGCGAACCACGUAGAAAUAUACUCUCAGGACUUUGGUCAGCCGCCGCAGCCCCAAGCCCAACAAGAUCUGAGUACAUUGCCAGAAGAACAAGUCGAACGUGUUACGCACACUUUUGACAAUCAAGGCCGUCAAAUUGCGAACAGGGACGAGGCGAGUCUGGCAACAGGGAACGUAACAGCGCUUGACUCAGAGAGCUGGAAUUUUGAUGACCCCCCAAUCAUCGAGACAUCUCAAGAGUUUAUACCAUCCCGCAGACCGGAUACCGAUGUUUUCCCAAGUGCUAACAGCAUACCUUCCAAAUCGCCACCGCCUAAGAGCCUUCAUUCUCGCAGGAAAAGCUCAGACACGAAACUACGACGCCGGAGCGAAGGACAUGAAUCCCGGGACCUUUCCUUAGCGCAAAAUGCACGUUCAGAUCCGCAAAACUUCAAGGUCCGAUUCGCUCUGCGAGGACAUUUGGAUGUCGUUCGUUCCGUUAUUUUCACCGGUGGUGGUAGUCCUUCAGAGCCUGAGAUUUGCACGGCUGGCGAUGAUGGUCUCAUCAAGAGGUGGAUCAUUCCGGCGAGUUACGCCAACCAGCAUUCCACAAACAAUGACCUCGACAUAACUCCUUAUUGGUCUCACAGAGGCCAUGAGGGAAUUGUUACAUCUCUUGCGGCGUGUCCAGUGUCGGCGUCUUUCUCCACGGGAGGCCGUGUAUCAGGUGACGGCUGGAUAUUUUCAGGAGGCCAGGACGCUACCGUUCGUGUGUGGGAACGAGGGCGGGUCGACCCCAAAGCCACCUUGGAGGGACACACGGAUGCUGUAUGGACUGUUUGCGUGCUCCCCACAACAUGCGCAACGAUUUUCGGAAACGAUUGUAACAACUAUGGCGGCCCUGACAGGAUACUGCUGGCUUCGGGCUCCGCUGACGGCACAAUCAAGAUCUGGGCGGUCAGCGCUCCGCCGCAAAUCAUAUCCCCGCAAACAGGAUCUCGAAGAGGUGUCGGUGGUAGCCGACGCCAUAGCGUGACAUCUGGCUCGAAUUAUCCCUCUUCUCCUCAACCAAGUGUUCCAUCCUCGACGCCUUUCCACUAUAUGCUUGUGCAUACAAUUGAACGGGCCACAUACGCAUCGCCGACGUGCAUUAGUCCGAGGGCGCCAACCGGGGAGAACUUCGUGGUGUCUUUCAACGACUCCACUAUCCUCAUCUACGACACAAGAACGGGUGAGGAAAUCAUCGGAAUGGCAAGUGGCGAGACGUACGACGGCACACCCGCCACCGGCGUCAACUCAGUCGUCGCAACCUCGUUGGCACCGGAGGGCACAACGGAUUCCAGUCGUGGUGGAUCAGACGAGGAGGGUGUGCAUGGUCCCACCGGUUCAAGCUUAGCUGGAGGCGUGGAAGGGGUCAUCAUCAGUGGCCACGAAGAUCGAUACAUCCGCUUCUAUGAUGCCAACUCUGGCCAAUGUACAUAUAGCAUGCUCGCCCACCCAUCCGCCAUCUCAUCCCUCUCACUAAGCAAAGAUGGCCACGAGAUAGUGUCUGCCGGCCACGACGCCUCGAUCCGCUUCUGGUCACUUGAAAAGCGCAUCUGCACCCAGGAAAUCACGGCUCACCAGGUCACGCGCGGCGAGGGCGUAUGCAGCGUUGUCUGGAGCCAGGACGGGAGGCUCGUCGUUUCUACGGGCGGUGAUGGCGUCGUCAAGGUCUUCGCUAGGUGACGUUGACCUCUCCCGCUUUGACCAUACUAUCACCAGCCAUCUUCCAAGCCGCCAAGUAGGCUUCGUCCAUCCAGCCUAUGCCCACUCCUGAUCGGUUUUUGUUAAUGCAUGAGACGCGGAUUUGGCCGAGCCAGCAGAGAGCGAGCAACUUCGCUGUGCCGAAUAACGCAAUUACCUUCUUGUAUGAUCACCCUUUCGCUAUCUUUAGGCUUGAAAACGUGCGAUGCCUUCUUUCUUGCGCAGC